CAAAUGGAUACUCUCCCAAAUCCAACGCCCCAAAUCCCUCAACCAAAGAUUAUCCAUAAUCAUCAUCAUCACCACCCACAUCAAAUACAACACUAUCACUCAUCCUCAUUUCAAAAACUCACAACAAACUCUCCAUUUUCUAUUCACACCCCCUAGCUCACAUUAGCACAAACCAAAUGGCAACCGCAACAGCAACCGCCGCUGCCACUUCAUCCUUCAUCGGAACUCGUCUCCGUGAAGUUCAAUCCAAUUCCGGCCGAGUACAAGCCAGAUUCGGAUUUGCAUUCGGAAAGAAGAAAGCCGCACCAAAGAAACCAUCACGCUCGGCUCCAACCACCGAUCGCCCGUUAUGGUUUCCCGGAGCAAAGUCACCGGAGUAUCUAGACGGAAGUUUGGUCGGCGAUUACGGUUUCGAUCCAUUUGGUUUGGGGAAACCAGCUGAGUAUUUGCAAUUUGACCUUGAUUCUCUUGAUCAGAAUCUGGCGAAGAAUCUCGCCGGAGAUGUGAUCGGAACUAGGACGGAGUUUGAGGAUGUUAAAUCGACGCCGUUUCAACCUUACACCGAAGUUUUCGGACUUCAGAGGUUUAGAGAAUGUGAAUUGAUUCACGGUAGAUGGGCCAUGCUUGCUACUCUUGGUGCUCUUACGGUUGAAUGGCUCACCGGUGUUACAUGGCAAGACGCCGGAAAGGUGGAGCUAGUUGAAGGAUCAACGUAUCUUGGACAACCACUACCAUUCUCAAUCACAACAUUGAUUUGGAUAGAAGUUCUUGUUAUUGGAUACAUUGAAUUCCAGAGGAAUGCAGAGCUUGACUCAGAAAAGAGACUAUACCCAGGUGGAAAAUUCUUUGACCCACUUGGUUUAGCAGCAGACCCAGAGAAGAAAGCAACACUUCAAUUGGCUGAAAUCAAACAUGCUCGUCUUGCUAUGGUUGCUUUCCUUGGUUUUGCUGUUCAAGCUGCUGCUACUGGUAAAGGACCUCUUAACAAUUGGGCUACACAUUUGAGUGAUCCUCUUCACACUACCAUCAUUGAUACCUUUUCUUCCUCUUAGUUCUUGUAACUUAUGUAUCGUUCUCUAUAUGAAUAUAUAAAUGUCUUUUGGCAUUCGUUGUAAACAUUGUGCUUAGUUUGAUUUUAGUGUGGAUUGGAGCAGUUAAUUAAGCAUGGUUUUUUCUGCUUGA